GAUUUAUUUUGGCUAUUCGUAAAAUCUCCGCCUUAUGGAAUACCGCACCAAGCUUCAAGAGCAACCCUGCAACUACUAGUGAAGGUGCGACACGACAACACUAAUUUCUCGUUCUUCAACGCUCUCGAAAUUGAGAAAUCGAACAAAGACCAUCUUCUCUGCACCGUUCAAGCGAAUCGCACUUCAUUCGUUAGCUGCUGUCUUUCUGAGUGGUCGCCAUCGUGACAUCAAAAAUAGCACGUGAGAAAAUAGUUUGCUACAAAGGUGGUUUUGCUCUAGUAAGCUGCUCCUGAAACCACGGUGGUUCCAAAAUUAGAUACAACCUGUCUAAAACACCGGCAUGCUAUCGGCGAAGAUCCUAACAGGUAAUAAACACAACAUAACCUGAGAUCCGACACAUGAUCAUGCAACUUUUUGCUCUAGAUCGAGCAGGUAAUCGCAGGACCAAGAGCUGCUAGAAUCAACCAUCUAUUCGGCCAUCUCCAGGGAAACCGCAAAGAAGGUAAUGUUUGAGUUAUUGUCAUCAAUAUCGUCAUGACCAAUUCAAAUCCCACAGACAGCAGCAACGAAGACACCACGCCACCCACUGCAAGCACGAGGGCUACCAUCAGCGAUCGACAAAGCACUCAAGGGCUCUCUACGGAGGGCCCUUUUGUUGAGAUCGUUCUCACAUCUCACCGUGUGCAAAGGAGCGCCACGAAACGGUAGCUCACCAGCUUCACCAUCACGCACACACACUAUCAGCCACAUCAAAAAGUGCAUCUCACUCUUGGCACUCGCUAGCAGUCGGGUAGGCACGGUGCAUUCAAGUGCAUGAAGCUUGCCUCAAAAUAUCACGCACACUACAUCAAGCCACUUCGCACAGCAAGGUGAGCCGGGCGCGGCUAGGUCGGCCAGACGAGCGCAACCACAAGGAGGAAGAUCAUACGAAGUGUAAGUGAUACGAAAUAGUAACCAAUAUCACCAGGACCGCCGGCGCCGUGUCAGCCGUGUCGAAUAAUCGGUGUCGGCGUAUGCGAAGCAGUAUAUUCGAAGGUAAACAAACGUUCGUCGUGGGAAUCAAUGGAGGUCAUCGAUCAAUCGCCAGUCGGCGAUCUGAAGAAGCACAACCGUGCGUUCUGAAAGCUACAAACACCAUCAUCACCAGCAGUCACCGUUGCGAAUCCCGUUACCAGCAACACCACGACGGAGUCACAGUAUUGGUGGAAGCAAGAGUGGUGUGUCAACCGCUUAUGUAAGGUAGGGGUAGUAUAAGGCCUAUGUGUAUAGAAUAAUACAAACAUAAUGAUGCGUAUUUUUGUUGGUUGCUUCAUUCACACCUUCAUUGAGGGUGAGAUUGCAUGCGAGUAGAGUCAUUUGGGUCAUUUCACUACCGUAUCUUGAGGCUGAUUGAUACCGGCAAUAUUGGCGCCCAACUUAAAAACCCACUUGUUUUCUAUCGAAUUCCGCUGUCAAAACGCGAUUCGUCUCGGUGAGUGAGUUGAGUGAGAAGUGAGUUAAGUGACGUGCAAGUGCAAUAUGGAUGUGCAAUACCUAUUGGAGGAGGAGCUGGAGUUUGAGCUGAAAUUGAGAGGAGUGAAGAACCCAUCGAAUCUACAACAUGAGGAGCAGAUCAAGCAACUGCAACAAUUAAUUGAGAAGGAGAUCAAAAACCAAAAUGCCCCAUCAACAGCAUCGCACAUCAUCUCUGAUGUGGACCACAUAUACCAGUGCCAAGCAAAGCUCAAUCCGCUAUUCAAGUCCAUCGAGCAAGCAUUGCGCCAAGGUACGGUGGAAGAAAUCAAGAUGAACCGAUCCAGGUUGAAUCACUACCGGUGGAGACUCAGCUUGAUCACCGAUUCCCUGAUCACAGCAAACGCAAACAAGUCUAUCGCCAGAAUUGAAUCUUACCUCAUCAGAGCCGAUGAGAUUCUAAGACGAAACACUCCAGGGGACAAGGAUAUUCUUCCCUCCGACCUACAGGAGCUGGACCGUAUCAAAAAUAACGUAACAACGGAAUCAGAGGUACACGAAGGUGCAACAGCCUCCGCAGAAGACGAAGAGCCUCAAAAUCUGCAGCUACAAAUACAAGAAACUCAAGCACAACUGGCAAGGCAGCAGGAGCAGUUGGACCGCAUCAUCAACAUGCUAUCAACCGCCAAUGUAGCGGGUUCGCCAAAUUCUACACGCUCGACUCAACAAUCAAUGGGAGCAGUUCAUCGGCAGUUUCCAACAAACAGAGCGUCGUCGUCACCCGAACACCAGAGAAUACGUCCGCCGCCUCCCAACGUCAUCCCAGGCAUGGAUCACCAACAGGGAUUCGUAGAUCAAGGAAUGCCGCCAAAUCUAGUCAAUGAGAUGUUCCGAUUCUUCGUCAACCAAAAUUCCCAGAACAGAGGACAACCCGCAUCACCGAAUCAAAAUCAGUUUUCCCAAAGAUGUUCGCAGCCGGUACACAAAUGGCCAUUCCAGUAUUCCGGUUCAGCAAACACCAUUCAGCUCGGAGAAUUUCUCAGUCAGGUCCACACGUACGCUGAUACCGAAGGAGUUGACGAAAGGACGCUCGUACGGUCUAUAAAACAUCUUUUGAAGGGCCGUGCCUUGCAAUGGUACAGCAGAACGUAUCAAUCCUUCCGAACAUGGAAUGACUUCAAAACACUGAUCAAACGGGAGUUUCUUCCGCCCAACUAUUCCGAAAUCAUCAAGCAAGACCUAUAUCUUCGCUUCCAGGGUCCCACCGAGACAUUCUCGAACUUCUAUAGGGACUUGUUAGCAGUUUUUGAGAUUGUGGAGCCUCCAAUGCUGGAAACGGAGAAGUUGUUCAUUUUGAAAUCGCAUCUCAACACGGACUUCAUCCCAAUCGCCACAGCCUCUCGAGCCGAAACAGUAGAGGACCUGGUUACCGUAUGUAGAGACUUCGAAGUUUCUCGAUCGUACUCCAUGCGAAAUCGGAGCAAUACGGGUGCACGACCGACCUCGACAAAAAACUAUAACUUCCAACAACCGCGAUCUUCGUACCCGUCACAUGGACAGCCUCAACCCAACAUUCGAACUAAUUUCGGACGGCAACAAGUCAACUUGGUAACCGAAGAUAUUCCCCCUCAAACAGGAGAUUUCAUUCCGACAAGCGUUCAACGAGAAAUAGAUCAUCUAGAGCUUGCACUCCACGAAGAAGAUCCAGCCAACACAGUAGAGGAAGUGAAUGCUCUGCAAUCUCAGACAAACUGGAACAGAUCCGUUUCAGGCAGAGCUCAAACAAACAAUAUUUCCAACAACCAAGGCAUCCAGCCAAACCCGGUAGCCUGCUGGCAAUGUGAAAUGGCGGGACACACAUAUCCCAAUUGCCCCAACCCGAAAACGUUCUUAUUUUGCUUCACAUGUGGCAAAAAAGGAUGCACAACACGAAGCUGCGAGAGUUGCGUAUCCAGGUGGAGACAACUCACGUCCGAAGUUACCAGAAUGCCCUCGGGAAACGCCGGCCGGGAGUCUUCUCGGUAG